AUGACUACCCCCAGCAGCCCCGUCUACUGCCCUCUCAUCCUGCAGAUGGUGAACACCAGCAGUGAUCCACCCAACUCCACGGCCAAGAUCAGUUCCCUGAGCCUGCUAAUGCUGUGCUUCCAUGGCUUGGUCUCUCUGCUUGGCAUCCUGGAGAACCUCCUCAUCCUGGGAGUGGUGGGGUUCCAUGUCCGCCGCACUGUCACCAGUCUCUGGAUCCUCAAUCUUGCAGCCUCUGACCUUCUGGCCACUACCUCUCUGCCAUUCUUCACCCUCUAUAUGGCUCAGGGCCACACCUGGACCCUGGGAACGACCUUCUGCCGUCUACACUCCUCCAUCUUCUUUCUCAAUAUGUUUGCCAGUGGUUUUCUUUUGGCCGCCAUCUCUCUGGACCGUUGCCUGAUGGUGCUGAGACCUGUUUGGGCCCAAAACCAAAGGAACAUCCGGUUGGUGGGGAAGGUGUGUGGGCUGAUCUGGUCUCUGUCUCUGAUCUGCACCAUCCCCUUUUACCUCUUCCGCGAUGCCAUCCAUCAGCAUAAUGGAAAGAUCCAGUGUUACUAUAAUUAUGCUCGAUUCCUGUCUCCUGGAGACCUCACCCUGGCAUCUGUGUGUGAAGUGCGUCAAGGGACUAUGGCCCUCAUGAAGCUUUUUCUGUCUUUCCUAAUCCCCCUGCUGAUCAUCAUCGCCAGCUAUGCUGCGGUGACUACUAACGUGGCCUGCCGAGGCAACCGAUGCACCUAUCGUUUGGUGCGGCUUGUAGUGGCCGUGGUGGUCUGCUUUGUAGUCUGCUGGGCUCCGUACCACCUGUUCAGUGUUAUGGAGGUGCUGAUUCCUGAUGAGUCAUCCUUGAAGGGAGUGGUAGCACGCGCCCUGCCAGUUGCGGCAAGCAUCUCCUUCAUAAACAGUGUUCUCAACCCUGUCCUCUAUGUGUUCAGCUGCCCUGACCUGCGCAGAAAGAUCGGGCAGUCACUGAGUGCAGUGAUGGAGAGUGCAAUGGCUGAGGAUUUUGGAACUUUGAACAGACGGCGCAGCCUUGCUCGCACCUGUAGCAGCAAUGUCCCGCUGAGGAAGACACUUGCCCUCACCGGCUCCAAUGUGGAAAAAGUGCAGGAGUAA